CACCGCGCGUGCACUUUAACCUCGAUACACCGCGCGUGAUACACUUCUCAAUGAUGUGUCUGUGUUUUUUUUUUUAAUUUCAUCCACCAAACUCUUCACUCACCACUUUCUCUCUCUCUCUCUCUAUCCACUUUCCUCCUCUGUUUCUUCUCUUUACCACUCUUCAUGACCUAACUCAAAACUAAUGGCGAACGUAAUUUCCAUUUCCCAUUUUGCCCCUAUCGCGUUCGCCUAUUUACUCCUCCUACUCUCUUCCACCACCGCCGCAAUCAACGUCACCGCCGUCCUCUCCUCUUUCCCAAAUCUCUCCUCCUUCUCCAACCUCCUCGUCUCCUCCGGCAUCGCCGCCGAACUCUCCGGCAGAAACUCACUCACACUCCUCGCCGUUCCCAAUUCUCACUUCUCCUCCUCCGACGUCGAUCUCACGCGCCGCCUACUUCCUGCCAACCUCGCAGAUCUCCUCCGUUUCAAUGUCCUCACACAAUUCCUCUCCGAUUCCGAUCUCCGCCGUAUACCACCGUCUGGCUCCACCGUCGCAACCCUCUACGAAGCCUCAGGCCGUGCAAUCGCCGGAUCCGGAUCCGUUAACGUGACCCGCGACCCGGCUUCCGGCUCCGUCACGAUCAGAUCUCCGAACUCGAAAUCAAUCACCGUUUUGAAGCUCCUCGAGACAAAACCUCCCAACAUAACAGUCCUCUCCGUCGACUCUCUCCUCGUCCCCGCCGGAAUCGAUAUCACCGCGUCGGAGACUCUCACUCCGCCGCCGACAUCGGGAACGUCUCCUAACCCUCCGGCGGGAAUCAAUCUGACACAGAUUCUAAUCAACGGUCACAACUUCAACGUCGCUCUCUCACUCCUCGUCGCCUCCGGAGUCAUAACGGAAUUCGAAAACGACGAGCACGGCGCCGGAAUCACAGUCUUUGUCCCCACAGAUUCAGCUUUCUCCGAUCUCCCGGAAAAUGUCAAUCUCCAGUCGUUUCCGGCGGAGCAGAAAGCCGUCGUGCUCAGAUUCCAUGUCCUACAUUCGUAUUACACACUCGGUUCGCUCGAAUCGAUAACCAACCCGGUUCAACCGACAUUAGCCACUGAGUUAGCGGGAGCCGGGUCUUACACUCUCAACAUUUCCCGGGUUAAUGGGUCGAUCGUAACGAUUAAUUCGGGUUUGGUUUUGGCCGUUGUGACACAAACGGCUUUUGAUCAGAACCCGGUUUCUGUUUUCGGAGUAUCCAAAGUGCUUUUGCCUAAGGAGCUUUUUCCAAAAUCGGGUCAAACCGUGAAUACUCCUCCCGCAACGGCUCCUCCACAUGAGAUUUCUUUGUCGCCGGAGAGUUCUGUUAAUCAGCCGUCGUCUCGAUUAGUAUCUCCACCGCGUGACGUGGUUUCCUCCGGCGCGGUAAAAAUGACCUUGUGGUUGUGUUGGUGUAUAGCAUUUUGUUUUAUAUUUUUGGUAUGAUUUUUUUCUUCUUUAUUCCAUAAAAUGCUUUUAGGGCUUAUUUACUGGAUUUUUUUUGCGCAAUUUACGUCAUAAUGUUAUUUUAUUGAGUCCAAAAGAAAAAAACAAAUCACCUUCCCAUGUAAAUUUGGAUUGAAUGGGCGUUUUUGGGUAAAACCCAUGUCCUAUUUUUACGAGCUUAUAAAUCUUUCAA